ACGCGGUGACGUCACGCGCCGGCGCGGGCGACGUACCUGUCGGGCUCCGGACUUCUGCAGCUUCUCUUCCAGUUCUGCGGGUUAGGGUCAGUCGGGUCCGGAACUCACAGUCGCUUUCUCAGUCCUCGGCUGCUCGAGGUCCGCGGCGGGCUGGAGGAUGAGGCGGGAAGGGGCGGAGACUUGAGAGCCGUCCUACUUUCCUGCCGAGUUGCAGCAAGGGUUUAGGGCUAGUCUAGAGAGGGAAGUGUGGUUGGAGGCUUUUAUUUUCAGUUCGGGGCAGGUGGACUCCAGGGCCCUGCGCAGCCCGGGGGUUGAUGCUGCUCGUGUGUUGGAAGGAGGACCCACGAAAACAAACCUCCCCAAAGUACCACCUGGCCACAUUUACGUAACCCAUCCACUAGACAGCCCAGGGUACCCGGAGUCUGUCCCGCCCUGUCGGGGUGAAGCUCCCAGGGCGCCUGGCUUUUAGAUCUCAAACAGAUGCAGAGUCCACAGGCAGCGGAGGAAGCAGCCACCGACUUUGCUAUGCCUCUAAGCUGUGAGAUAAUCAGACAGCUAAAUGGAGUCUGAGCAGCUGUUCCAUAGAGGUUACUGUAGAAACAGCUACAACAGCAUAACGAGUGCAAGUAGUGAUGAGGAGCUGUUAGAUGGAGCAGGUGUGAUUAUGGACUUUCACACUUCUGAAGAUGACAAUUUGUUAGAUGGUGACACAGCAGUGGGAACUCAUUAUACAAUGACAAAUGGGGGCAGCAUUAAUAGCUCUACACACUUACUGGAUCUUUUGGAUGAACCAAUCCCAGGUGUUGGGACAUAUGAUGAUUUCCACACCAUCGACUGGGUGCGAGAGAAGUGUAAAGAUAGAGAAAGGCAUAGGCGGAUCAACAGUAAAAAAAAAGAAUCAGCAUGGGAAAUGACAAAAAGUUUGUAUGAUGCCUGGUCGGGAUGGCUCGUAGUAACACUGACAGGACUGGCAUCAGGGGCACUGGCUGGAUUAAUAGACAUUGCUGCUGACUGGAUGACUGACUUAAAGGAGGGCAUUUGCCUCAGUGCAUUGUGGUAUAACCAUGAACAGUGUUGUUGGGGGUCUAAUGAAGCAACAUUUGAAGAGAGAGAUAAAUGUCCGCAGUGGAAAACAUGGGCAGAGUUAAUCAUAGGUCAAGCAGAGGGUCCAGGUUCUUACAUCAUGAACUACAUAAUGUACAUCUUCUGGGCCUUGAGUUUUGCCUUUCUUGCAGUGUCCUUGGUAAAGGUUUUUGCUCCAUAUGCCUGUGGCUCUGGAAUUCCAGAGAUUAAAACUAUUUUGAGUGGAUUCAUCAUCAGAGGUUACUUGGGAAAAUGGACCUUAAUGAUCAAAACCAUCACAUUAGUACUGGCUGUGGCAUCAGGUUUGAGUUUAGGAAAAGAAGGCCCCCUGGUACAUGUUGCCUGUUGCUGUGGAAAUAUCUUUUCCUACCUCUUUCCAAAGUAUAGCACAAAUGAAGCUAAAAAGAGGGAGGUGCUGUCAGCUGCCUCAGCUGCAGGUGUUUCUGUAGCUUUUGGUGCACCAAUUGGAGGAGUCCUUUUUAGUCUGGAGGAGGUUAGCUAUUAUUUUCCUCUCAAAACUUUAUGGAGAUCAUUUUUUGCUGCUUUGGUGGCUGCAUUUGUUUUGAGAUCCAUCAAUCCAUUUGGUAACAGCCGCCUGGUCCUUUUUUAUGUGGAGUAUCAUACACCAUGGUACCUUUUUGAACUGUUCCCUUUUAUUCUCCUAGGGGUAUUUGGAGGGCUUUGGGGAGCCUUUUUCAUUAGGGCAAAUAUUGCCUGGUGUCGUCGACGCAAAUCCACCAAAUUUGGAAAGUAUCCUGUUCUUGAAGUCAUUAUUGUCGCAGCCAUCACAGCUGUGGUAGCCUUCCCCAAUCCAUACACUAGGCUCAACACCAGUGAACUGAUUAAAGAGCUCUUCACAGACUGUGGCCCAUUGGAAUCCUCUUCGCUUUGUGACUACAGAAAUGACAUGAAUGCCAGUAAAAUUGUCGAUGAUAUUCCCGAUCGCCCAGCAGGCGUUGGAGUAUAUUCAGCUAUUUGGCAGCUAUGCCUGGCACUCAUAUUUAAAAUAAUAAUGACAGUAUUCACUUUUGGCAUCAAGGUUCCAUCUGGCUUGUUCAUCCCUAGCAUGGCCAUUGGCGCAAUUGCAGGGAGAAUUGUGGGGAUUGCCGUGGAGCAGCUUGCCUACUAUCACCAUGACUGGUUCAUCUUCAAGGAGUGGUGUGAGGUUGGGGCUGACUGCAUCACACCCGGUCUCUAUGCCAUGGUUGGUGCUGCUGCGUGCUUAGGUGGUGUGACAAGAAUGACUGUCUCCCUCGUGGUUAUUGUUUUUGAGCUUACUGGAGGCUUGGAGUAUAUUGUUCCCCUUAUGGCUGCAGUAAUGACCAGUAAAUGGGUUGGUGAUGCCUUUGGUAGGGAAGGCAUUUAUGAAGCACACAUCCGAUUAAAUGGGUACCCUUUCUUGGAUGCAAAAGAAGAAUUCACUCAUACCACACUUGCUGCUGAUGUCAUGAGACCGCGAAGAAAUGAUCCUCCCUUAGCCGUCUUGACCCAGGACAAUAUGACAGUAGAUGACAUAGAAAACAUGAUUAAUGAAACCAGCUACAAUGGCUUUCCUGUCAUAAUGUCAAAAGAAUCUCAGAGAUUAGUGGGAUUUGCCCUCAGAAGAGACCUGACAAUUGCAAUAGAAAGCGCCAGAAAAAAACAAGAAGGUAUCGUUGGCAGUUCUCGGGUGUGUUUUGCACAGCAUACCCCAUCUCUUCCAGCAGAAAGCCCUCGGCCACUAAAAUUGCGAAGCAUCCUUGACAUGAGCCCUUUUACAGUGACAGACCAUACCCCGAUGGAGAUUGUGGUAGACAUCUUCCGAAAGCUGGGUCUCAGGCAGUGCCUUGUAACUCACAAUGGGAUUGUCUUGGGGAUCAUCACAAAGAAGAACAUUUUAGAGCAUCUCGAGCAACUAAAGCAGCACGUGGAACCCUUGGCGCCUCCUUGGCAUCAUAACAAAAAAAGAUAUCCUCCGUCAUAUGGCCCAGACGGCAAACCAAGACCCCGCUUCAAUAAUGUUCAACUGAAUCCUGUAGAUGAGGAGAGAGAAGAAGCAGAAGAGGAAGUUCGUUUGUUGAAUAGCACAAUUCUUUAACAUGAGGGACUUGUCUACUUUUUUCUUCUUUAAAAAAAAAGGAAGGAAAUACAAGCGAAGCUUUUGCAACCUGGUUUGCAAAUAAUGCUGGUGAAAUGGAGGAAUUGUUUGGGGAGGGGAAAGAGGGAGAGAAGUAAAGGAGUAAGCUAUUUCUCUGUCUAACUGGAGCUGUCAUCAUCUCGUGUUCUGCACUGACUGAGUCAUGGAGGCUGUGUCUUGAGAGUGCAGGCUUGAGCCUCCAUGGAGCUGACACUGGAAUCCUCAAGCACCUGGCUAUUAGUCCAGCACCACAAAAAUGCGUUAUCAGUCCCUAUUUCUGGAGGGAUUUCUUUGAAUUGAGCCAUCUAUUAAGACUGCAAGGUCUUGCCCUUUUAUAUCAGAACUGUUCUGUUUAACUCAUGAAUUGUAUAGCUAAGCAUUACAUUUCUACAUUCCAGAAGAGCUUUUAUUUCCUUCCCCCACCCUCCCUCAGCCUCUCCCUCCCCUUCUCUCUCCUCUGAGCUGUAACAAAGCCUCUUUAAAUUGGUUUACCCUUUUGAAGCAGUCCUUUCUCAUAUUGAGAUGUACUGUGACUUUACUGAAUUUUCAUCACAAGAAGGGAGUGUUUCUUGUGCCAUUAACCAUGUAGUUUGUACCAUCACUAAAGGCUUGGAAAAGUGCGCACACACCAAGAUUGGCCAAGCAGGUAAAAUCUUGAGGCAUGAAUGAAAUCCCCUAGCAGUGCGCUGUGUGGUUCAGAGUCAAAAAAAAAAACCCCAAGAAACUUGACUUUAAACAGUUUUAUUUUUUCCUCUCAGACUUUAUGGAUAAUGUGACCUAGUCUUAUGCAAAUUUUCUAUUUCUAAAUUUACUACUAUGAUAUAGAAGUGCUGUUCAGCAUAAUUAAAAAAAAAAAACACUGCUGUUGUGACAGUGAGGAGAAGGAUGUAUUCCGUUUAGCUGUGUCUCUGGUAUUAAUUGCAUGUUAAACACUGGAGUUUCUUCUUGACAUUAGAUCAUUCUUUCCUUUCAAGGUGUUUCACUGCUGACACUGAAGAUGAAAUGUAAUUCAUAACUUGCACUAAAUGUAUAUUUCUUUUCUUAAAAAAUUACCAUUCUUAUUUAUAUUUUUAUGGAUUAAAAUUUAUAAAAAACAGAUCAGUUAAUAUUGCACUUAAAUAAUUUUACCUUUUUAAUGUGAUUUUUUUUAUAGACUAAUUCUGACUUACAAAUACAGAGGUAUGAACAAAGUUUACAAUGGGAGCAAGGAUUUAAAAGAGGUGGUGACUCCUCUGUGAUCAGUGUGUACAUGAUCCCUUCUUCUGAUCUCUCACUGCCAUCCCCUGGAAUAUGCCCUCCCAUCUCUAUCUGACCCACAAACUGGAAGGUUGAAAAUACCAUAAAUUUACUACUAGUAGAUUUAACCCAAAACUUAGUGUUAACCAUUUUUAGAAGAAUCAACAAAGAAAAGAAGAUUGUAAAGGUAGCCAUUAAAAUGUAAUCUGAUCAUAACCUCUGACUCACUGGUUAGCUCACAACCAUACCUGAAAUGUUGAUGAUGGUUUGAAUAGCAGUGGUGCACAUUUUUGCAGGAUGAGUUAAAAGGUACUGUAGUGUUUGGAACUGUUUUUGGAAACAUCUGUUUUAAUCAUAGUCUUAAUUCACUACUGGCAAAGGCAGUUUACCCAGUGCACUGGCCCAAAUGUCCUGUGAUUAUGCAUUUUUGAUAGGCAAAUGAAUUUUUGCAGAGAAGACAUUUUGUGAAACAACUGGCCAUGAGCCAUUUUUACAUUCUGAAAGUAACUCUUCACUUCUUAGUUCUUAAUAUAUUUGUAAGAUUACAUCGGAUCUGUAUGAUCUCAAAGACUUAAAAGAUCAUGAAGCCAUAUUAGAGUGAUUCAAAGUUGACCAAAAUGUUAGAAUUUCUCAGCUGAGCUAUCUGCCAAAAAUUAGUGUUUUUGUCUUGUUACUUCUUUGGCAGAUUUCAUGUUUUGUUUUUUUCAUAGCCCCUUCAUUGUUCCUUUGGCUAUCCACAGUGAGUUCAUUUUUAAGUGGUGGUUCUUAACAGCUUUCAACAUACUGGCAGUGUGUGAGGCACACCCCUGGGCUACAACUCCUCAGCAUGGCUGAUGGGAAAUGUACGGCUUCUGAUCCCAAGCCUUCAGAGGAGAAACCAGUUUCUUGCAGUUUCAGACAUGAAAUUGAAUGUGAAUUUUAUUUUCCACAUUUCCUCUUAAUUCAGAUUCUGCUUUUUCAUGGUCCUUCUUGCUUCAGAGACUGGCAUUUCAGGUGGAUAUUAAAGCGUACAUUUUCUUUGUUAUAUUUCUCUCUCUGAUAUGUCUUACUGCUGAAUACAAGAAAUGUGCCGUAUUUUUAAUGCAGUCAGAGGUUUUCUUUGUUACUACCAUCUAUUUUAUUUCCUUUCAUACAUUAAAGUUUGCUUUUGAAUGAAACAAGAUAGUAGAGACCAUGAAAUAAAUACAUGUGCCUAGCUAAUUGGCAAACUCACUGACCUACAUAAAAAGCGUAGCGCCUUGUUUGAGUACCUUUAUGAGAAGGUACAAUGAGAAUAGGCAAGGGUGUCAGCAUCUCUUAAUUGUUUUCAGUUUUGAUUCAUGAAGAAUGCUUAGUUUGUUAAUCUGUGAUGUUACCUAGAGCUGUAUUUAUCUGUUUUUAUUUAUACUAGUGUAGUAAAGCUGCAUAUCAUUACAGUAAAAAUGAUUACUGUGAUGACUUAAUCAGAAAAUCUAUUAAAAUCUCUAUGACAACUU